AUGGAUGUGUCUUCAAUUCCAAUUUAUGGGGGCUUGAAGAGGUACUGGAGUGGGAGAAAAUAUCAGAGACUCGAUGGUGGAUUCAUUGUAAGGAAGAAGUUGAGGGUCUUGAGGCUGGGAGGGAACAGUACUACUCGACGGUCAUCAUCAUUAUUAUCACCAACAUCAAAGAUAAGAGAAACAUCAAAGCUGCAACUCAAAAUUAACAAGUGGCCCAUGAAGGUUUUUGGGAAGAUUCGUGAAGGUUACAUAAAUAUGAUGCUUGGGGUCGCAGGCAACGUUGGUUACUUGGGGGACCCCAAAAAUGUUUUUGGAGAAAAGAGGAUUCCAAGAGGCCGACCAAUUCCAACAGUUUCCCAGUUGAAUCAAUUUGAUAAGAAACUUGUUCUUAAGGUUUACAACUCAAUUGCUGCUUCUCGAGAAUUUGCUGCCUUCUGA